UUCUCACUUCUCUGUAAUAUAUAACACGACAGGGUUGUUACCUCACUAAAUGCAACAACCUUCAAAGAUGGAUAGAGACUCUGGUCAGCCAAAUGUAGGUACAUAUUCUACUUUCAAGGUAUCUGAUAAUAGUGGAUCAGAAAAAGAUACAUCUGCUGAAUUAUACAGUAAGCGUGAGGACAUUAGUUCUGAUACCUCUUCCUCCUCACAACCUCCGACUCCUCCACCGCCUUACAUUCCGGUAAACGGACACGACUACGAAGAAAGUGCGACAUUGUUGAACAGGAAGGAAAAGGAAUCUAAACAUGCUCUCCAGUCCCUCACAACAGACGACAAUUUUGACAGUGUUGUUGAAAUGGAAUUGUCUGAGAAAGAUCCAAUGUGGCAGAAGGAUGUAUAUAUAGAAGAGGAACCUAUUGUAAAAUUCGAGAGACCGGGAUUGGUGUACAGGGUCAGUCAACGUCCUCCUUUGCAUCUCCUUCUCUUCUUUGCAAUCCAGCAAUGCCUAAUUGUCGUCCCGUCCAGUGUCAAAGUGACCAUGUUGGUGUCGGAGGUCAUGUGCGCCAGAGACGAGGCAGACUUCAAAGUGCAGAUCAUGUCAAUGAGUCUCCUCAUGUCAGGGAUGUGCACAUUUCUACAGAAUACCAUAGGGAUCAGGAUCCCUCUUUAUCAAGGGCCAGUAUCGAUGUAUGUACUCCCUCUUCUCGCUGUCCUUGAUCUACCUGAGUACGCAUGCCCAAGUCGUAGCUCAUUCAUGAAUCAGACACUGGAUAACACCACAAAUUUCAAUAGCACAAGUGAAGCGAUCGGAAUAACAUAUUUUCAAGCUGUUGUGAUCCCAAGAUUUUUACAAUUGUCUGGCACACUGAUUCUGGCGGGGUUUCUUCAUAUGCUGGUAGGUGUGACUGGAACUGUAGGGAUCUUUCUCCGAUUUAUUGGACCAAUCACGAUCAUCCCAACCAUUCUCCUCGUGGGGAUCAAUGUAUUUACAGUAACUUACAUGUUUUGCAGCACCCACUGGGGCGUGUCUAUUUCAACUGCCAGCAUUGCUAUUUUGUUGUCCAUGUACCUAGACCGCCAUAACAUGCCAAUUCCCGUUUGGACGAAAGAGAAGGGAUUUCAUAUCAUUCGAUAUCCACUACAUCAAGUAUUUUCGGUGUUGGUUGCUGGAGGAAUUGGGUGGAUACUUUCUGUUAUUCUGACGAAGGCAGGCGCAUUUAGUGACGAUCCCAAAAGUCCUGAGUUCUAUGCAAGAACUGAUUCCAGAAACACAGUUAUCGCGAAAACUCCGUGGCUUGUAUUUCCAUAUCCAGGAAUGUAUGGAUUACCAGGUUUCGACGUUGGUGUGUUUGCUGCUUUCCUUACGGCUACGAUUACCUCCAUCAUCGACUCCAUUGCCGAUUACUAUGCCGCCUCCAGGGUCGCUCGCGUUCCAUCACCCCCGGUGCAUGCAAUCAAUCGAGGUGUCGCGAUCGAAGGCUUCAUGAGUAUGCUAGCGGGACUCUGGGGUGCCUCACAUGCUACAACAACGUACGGUGGGAUUAUUGGACUUGUCGGUCUUACAAAGGUUGCGAGCAGACAUGUAUUCCAAAUGCUAGGUAUUUUGUUGAUGGUUCUAGCUGUUCUUGGGAAAGUGGCCGGUGUUCUAGUGACCAUACCAUACCCUGUGGUGGGCGGAAUACAAGUGGUGGGCUUUGGAAUCUUUAUCGGACUCGUUUUCGGAAACUGUCAGUACAUCGACAUGAAUUCAACAAGGAACCUGGCAGUCAUUGGAAUUUCUAUAUUGUGGGGUCUUGUCAUACCAUACUGGUCAAAACUGAGAGGUGAUGACGUCAUCAACACAGGUAAUACAGAUGCUGACAACUUUCUGAAGAUGAUAACAAGGAAUCCGAAUUUUUCCGGAUUCUUAAUUGCUCUCAUUUUGGACAACACUGUACCUGGAACAUUAGAAGAAAGAGGGAUGAUUGUUUGGCAAGCCACCGAUCAAGACGAUGAAAAGGCAGGUCAAAACAACAAUUUGGAAGAGGGACGAGAGGUUUACGAUAUUCCUGUUCUGUCAAAGUUCUUAAGGAAGUACCGGAUUUCCUCCUAUAUUCCAUUUCUACCAACUUACAGUGCAAGGCGUUCAAAAAAGUCUAAUUGAGUGAUCUUCUGCUACGGAAAUUGCUAAUUGUGGAAUUAGUAUUCAAGCAGUUAUAUUGAAGAUAGUAUUUCGAAAUGAGUUGCCUUCAAUAAGACAUUCACUACAUAUAAAUGAUUAAUAUUUAUUUUUAUCUUAUCGAAUGCAUUUUGAAACCUGGUCAAGUAUUGCAGAAAUUAUGUCAUUACAUGUAAUAUAGUAUAUGAACUUCAAUCUGAAAAUAUUCUGAAAAUAUUUUCUGAUGAAAUUUCCUUUUCUUCCAGACACAUAUUAGUGAUUAACACCUUUGUGAUUUCUUUGGCUAUUACUAUUGAACAUUAAUAUUUUGAAAGAUAGAGUAUAACAGGUUAUCUGGAAACUAACUGAUUGACUGGUACCUUGAUUUCAAAAUAAAUGGCAAGUAAAGCUCAA